CGGCCGCUUCCCUCUUCUCUCCCAGCCUCCGGGCCUCCGCACUGACGCGGCCCGGGCGGGAGCCGAGCCGGAGCCGGAGCCGGAGCCGCAGCCGCAGAGACGCGGAAACAUGGAGGCCUGAACCUCUGCCAUUCGCUGGACCGUGAGCUGUAAGCCGAUCUCCCCGCCGGCUGAAAUAGGUUGUCUUGCGGAAAUGAAGGUUUAAGGACAACCUGUCUACCAGAUUAGAAGAUGGGAUCAAACAGCAGCAGGAUUGGUGAUCUUCCUAAAAAUGAGUACUUAAAAAAGUUAUCAGGCACAGAAUUUGUCUCUGAGAAUGACCCGUUCUGGAAUCAGCUUCUCUCAUUUUCUUUCCCUGCACCAACCAGCAGUACUGAUUUGAAGCUCUUGGAGGAGGCAACUAUUUCAGUUUGCAGAUCUUUAGUUGAAAACAAUCCUCGAACAGGAAACCUUGGUGCAUUGAUUAAGGUCUUCCUUUCUAGAACCAAAGAACUAAAACUUUCAGCAGAAUGUCGGAAUCACAUCUUCAUUUGGCAGACAAACAAUGCUUUGUUUAUUAUUUGCUAUUUGUUGAAAGUGUUUAUCUGUGAGAUGUCAGAAGAGGAAUUACAACUUCAUUUUACUUAUGAAGAAAAAUCUGGCAGUUACAGUUCUGACUCAGAAGAUCUUUUGGAAGAAUUAGUCUGCUGUUUGAUGCAGUUAAUCACUGAUAUUCCACUCAUAGACAUUACAUAUGAAAUAUCAGUAGAAGCUAUAUCAACAAUGGUUGUUUUCCUUUCCUGUCAACUAUAUCACAAGGAAGUUUUGCGACAGAGUAUCAGUCACAAGUAUUUGAUGCGAGGUCGAUGUCUUCCAUACACCAGCAAACUUGUGAAAACGUUAUUGUAUAACUUCAUCAGACAAGAAAAGCCACCUCCCCCAGGUGCCCAUGUUUUCUCUCAGCAAUCGGAUGGGGGAGGACUCCUGUAUGGACUUGCAUCAGGUGUAGCAAGUGGACUCUGGACUGUCUUCACCCUGGGCGGCGUGGGCAGCAAAGCGGCCAGCGCACCGGCCCUUGCUUCCCCGCUGGCCAACCAGAGUCUCCUGCUCCUGCUGGUGCUAGCCAACCUGACCGAUGCGGCAGAUGCACCAAACCCCUACAGACAGGCCAUUAUGUCCUUCAAGAACACACAAGAUAACAGCCCCUUCCCCUCAUCAAUCCCACAUGCUUUCCAGAUUAAUUUUAACAGUUUGUACACGACUCUCUGUGAGCAGCAGACGUCUGAUCAGGCAACUCUCCUAUUGUAUACAUUGCUCCAUCAGAAUAGUAAUAUUAGGACGUACAUGUUGGCUCGCACGGAUAUGGAAAAUCUUGUUUUACCAAUUCUUGAGAUUCUGUAUCAUGUUGAAGAAAGAAACUCACACCACGUGUACAUGGCUCUUAUAAUAUUGUUGAUCCUCACAGAAGACGAUGGCUUCAAUAGAUCCAUUCACGAAGUGAUAUUAAAAAAUAUUACUUGGUAUUCAGAACGGGUUUUAACAGAAAUUUCCCUGGGGAGUCUCCUAAUACUGGUCGUAAUAAGAACCAUUCAGUACAACAUGACAAGGACAAGAGACAAGUACCUUCACACAAAUUGUUUGGCAGCUUUAGCAAAUAUGUCAGCCCAGUUCCGUUCUCUCCAUCAGUAUGCUGCCCAGAGGAUCAUCAGUUAUACCUGCCGCCACUUGCGGAGAUAUGUUUAUGUGUUGGACAAACUGUAUUUCCCCCACUCUCACUGUUCUACGCUUCAGCAUUGCUUCUCGAGCUUCAGUGACAAUGGAGAGGAACUCUUGUCUUUAACUUGCUCUCACAUUCUCAGAUCCUAUGCUUCCAGUUUGUUUUCCUUGCUGUCUAAAAAACACAACAAAGUUCUGGAACAAGCUACACAGUCCUUGAGAGGUUCGCUAAGUUCCAAUGAUGUUCCUCUACCAGAUUAUGCACAAGACCUAAAUGUCAUCGAGGAAGUGAUCCGAAUGAUGUUAGAGAUCAUCAAUUCCUGCCUGACAACGUCUCUUCACCACAACCCAAACUUGGUGUAUGCACUGCUUUACAAACGAGAUCUCUUUGAGCAAUUCCGAACUCAUCCUUCUUUUCAGGAUAUAAUGCAAAAUAUUGAUCUGGUGAUCACCUUCUUCAGCUCCAGGUUGCUACAGGCUGGCGCUGAGCUCUCGGUGGAACGGGUCCUGGAAAUCAUCAAGCAAGGAAUUGUUGCUCUGCCCAAAGACAGGCUGAAGAAGUUUCCGGAAUUGAAAUUCAAGUAUGUGGAAGAGGAGCAGCCCGAGGAGUUCUUCAUCCCCUAUGUCUGGUCGCUGGUGUACAGCUCGGCCGCCGGCCUGUACUGGAGCCCGCAGGACAUCCAGCUGUUCACCAUGGACUCCGACUGAGGGCAGCCGCCCGCCCCUCCAUCAGCACCUUCUAGAUUUUUCUUUCUGGCGCACAGACUUGGGAGAUGACCUGGUGUGUCUUCUGUCAGAGGAUCGGGAAGCAGGCGUGUUUCCCUCGCACACUCGGAAGUGGAGCAGCGGUGCCCGUUGGCAGAUCACUCGGCUUCGAGUCUAGUAUAAAAAGGGGGAGGGUCCACAAUAAUAAAUAUCAAACCUGCUGUCCCACA